AUGUCAAUUCAAUUCAUACUAGUAUUAAAUAGACAAGGAAAAUCACGAUUAGUUAAAUGGUUUAAUAAUUCAUUAACAUUACAACAAAAACAACAAAAUAUAAUAGAUAUUCAUAGAUUAAUAUCAAGUAGAGAUUCAAAACAUCAAUCAAAUUUUGUACAAUUUAAUCCAUCUAGCCACCAACACGCUGUUUCUUCGAAGGGUCAACAACAAAAUUAUAAAUUAUGUUAUAGAAGAUAUGCAGGAUUAUAUUUUAUAAUAUCAAUAGAUCCCAAAGAAAAUGAAUUAAUUUAUUUAGAAAGUCUUCACUUUUUUGUUGAAAUUUUAGAUAUUUAUUUUAAAAAUGUUUGUGAAAUUGAUUUAAUUUUUAAUUUUUAUAAAUUAUAUUUUAUAAUGGAUGAAAUUUAUUUAGGUGGUGAAAUUCAAGAUAUUUCAAAACAGAAAAUAUUGCAGAGAUUGGAGAUGUUAGAUUCAAUUGAUUAA